UUUUAAACUCUCUAUAUAAGAGGAGAAAGCGGACGGUUUUAUUGAAAGUGCAGUUUGGGUGGUUGUAUUUUCUGUAACUCGAUACAUUAGGUUUUUUAAUUGAAAUUGAAAUAUUUCAAGAGCUUCCUUCGAUUUGAGAUCAGACCGAAGAAGAUAUCUUCCUGUCAUUUGGGGAUUUUUUUAGGUGAGAUCUUUCUAACAAAUACUCAAUAGCACAAGAGGAAUGGCCAUAGGAAGGAACUGUAGUUCUGAAUUAAAGCAUCAAAAUCCAAACCAUUCGAAUAAAAAAGGGUUGGGGUUUGGUAACUAUACUCGAACUAUUGGAAGGAAAAGGAUCGCCGUUUCAAGUUGUCUAGAGACGUCGCCACUCACUUCUCCUCUCAGUACGCCACCGCGGAAGUGUUACGGACGAAGGGGAAAACGGGAAUCCUCAGGCAUUGAAGCCUUGCCUCAGGACAUUUUGGUUCGAAUUUUAUGCGGUGUAGAGCAUGAUGACCUGAAGCAGCUGUUUCAUGUUUCCAACACAAUCAGAGAAGCGACCACGAUCGCGAAGCAAUUGCAUUUUGCAUUCAGCACUCCAUCAUCAAAAGCGGCGGUUGUAAAACCAUUCAGCGAUUUGGAAGACAUGAGCAAGUUUGAAGAAGCACCUAAUGCUCCCAGGCAGCAAAGGCAAUACAAGUCCCGAUUCGGCAGCAAGAAGCUUGCAGAGAUUUCUGUUGCAUUGUUUGCUGAAAUGGAGAUAUGACUUCGUUGUAGACAUUUGUAAAUUUCUUUCUGAGUAGGUUUGUGUUUUCCAUUGAUGUGGGUCAUUCGACCGUAGACCAAGUCUUUGAUUUGUAUAGAAAUGCCUACGGCCAUUCUUCAAUACCUUCAUUGAAGAUGUCCGGGUUGGGCAACGUGUAUGUACUUUUGUAUCUAGAUGUCUAGGAAUUCUGUUGGAAGGUCAUUUCCUUCUUUGUUGGGAUAAAAGCCAGGAAGUGUGCAGUUUGUAUCUGUAUACCUCUAUGCUUAAUUAAAAAAAUAUAUAUAUAGCAAUUUGGCAAAUGUUUGCUAUUUUUGGUC